CAAAAAAGGUAGGGACACAUGUACGGAGGGCAACAUCGCCAAUUCACUUCGCUCUCCCAAGUUUGUGCAGGCGCCAGCACGACAAUUGAGCAAAAGCAAGAUGAGGAUCCCUUCGAUAGCUGGCCUGCUGGCCCUCGCCGGCCUCUCAACUGCGCACAACAUCCUCCUCAAGGCGCACUCUCGAGAAUGCUUCCACGAGUCGCUGCACGCGGACGACAAGAUGACGGUCACGUUCCAAGUCGGUGACCGCGAGUUCGGCGGUGCCAGCAAUCUGGACAUCGACUUCUGGAUUCAAAACCCGGCGAACGGCUAUCAGGUGCACGAGCGGUCCGUCUCGUCGGGCGACCACACGUUCAUCGCCACCAUGGACGGCCGAUACACGUACUGCUUCAGCAACGAGCACUGGAGCGCCAACACCAAGGAGGUCUCGUUCAACGUGCACGGCAUCGUGUACGUGCCCGAGUCGGAGGCGCCGCAGGAUCCUCUCGAGAAGGAGGUUCGACAAAUGUCGGAGCUGGUUGCGCAGGUCAGGGACGAGCAAGGCUACAUCGUCGUUCGGGAGAGGACGCACAGGAACACCGCCGAGAGCACCAACUCGAGAGUCAAGUGGUGGAGCAUCUUCCAGCUGUUCGUACUGCUGGGCGAGGGCCUGUUCCAGGUCUGGUGGCUGAAGAGAUUCUUCGAGGUUAAGCGCGUUGUUUGACUUGGGACUGCCUUCAUUGAUGAAAUUAAGCCCACCCGCCAUGAAAUAACGCUUGGUGGAAACGUGUUCGGGCUUGCUGACUUGACGGAAAGGUGUACGAUACAUGUCUGCAUAGCAUUUGGGAGUGUGGGUUCGGCGCUGAAAAUUCGACUCUUUGUGCUGGACUACAAAUGAAUUUCAAGUUGUCUUGAUCAGGG